AUGUCCCCAACAAAUGUGCAGAUCAACGGAUCUAAGGCAGUGUUAAAAAGCAAAGGAAAGUACCCUACACAAGAAGUUGAGCUUAAAAGAGUAUUGGAGACUAACAAAAAUCAAGGUGCAAAGAGGAGUGAUGAAGAUGACAAUAAAAUGAAUGUUCAACCCAUCCACAUUCCAGAUAACAAACUUAAGAACAUCUUUCACCUUGGUGGAACUAUUAGUAAAUUUCUCUCAUUUUCAGAUUACAUUGUAAAGAAUAAUCACUGGUCAUUGACAUUUGACCUGUCUCCAAUCUUGAGGACAGAGGAACUACGUUUGGUUCAACUCAGAGUUCAUUUCCCAACAUUUAAGAAAUCCAGCAAUGUUACAUUGGCGAUAUACUGCACCAUGAAUGGUCAAGGUAAACUCCUCUUGGGGUCAAUCAUGACAAAUAUGCCAGUUAAACAACCGUCUUUUUGGAAAACCUUCAAUAUCACCAAAAUGAUGGAGCAGUAUCUUCAUCUUCAAUCGGAAAAUACAUUGGCCAACCGGGCAGAUAGAGAUACACGAUCAAUAGAUAUGCCUGAAAGAGAAGAUGCUUCAUCUCACUCAGAAUACACCAGAAAUAUGAAUCAUGUUCCUUUACAUAAGAUCGCUACAGACCAAGCCAUCAUUGUGUUUUUUACUAAGGACACGUCACUCUCCCGAACCAUGUCUCCCGGUCUCAUAAAAAAAUUGUCAGUAAGUUCUAAGAGAAUGGCUGAAUUUCAUAGAAAGAAAAAGACCAGACAUAAUAAACAACAAACCACUCCACUUAUCACCAAUUCUACACUAGCAGAAGAGCAAAAGCCUUUGUGUAGGAAAGUGGAUAUGUUGGUGGACUUCAAAGAGAUUGGAUGGGAUAAUUGGGUUGUUUACCCAAAAAAGUACAAUGCAUACCAAUGUGUGGGUACCUGCCAUACGCCACUGAAAGAAAAAUCAAAGACAACAAACUAUGAUUACAUAAAGAGCUUUGUGAAGUUACAGGAUUCGGAGCAAGUGGAAUGUUCUGCAUGUGCCCCUCUGAAGAUGCGGCCAUUGUCCAUGCUCUUUUAUGAAAAUAAAGACCUUAUUCUAAGACAUCAUGAGUACAUGAUAGUAGAAGACUGUGGUUUUAAUUGAAAAACAGUACAUUGAAUGGAGAAUUCUGAUUUCUGGUUUAUGUUCUCUGUUUUGAGGAAUAGUGAUGUA